AUGUCCAGUUUGUCGAUAAAAGAUGGGAAUUCAGUUAGACAUCACAAACAAGUAAGUUGUUUCAAUUUCCAUAUGGUUUCGCGGCAGUUCUUGAGUAAAAAUGUUUUUUUUAGGUCAUACUUUUGUUAUAUGGUGUUGUCUAGAUGAUAAUAUGAUAUGGCUAUUGUUUUAUUUUAAUGUUUUUUCAAAGUUGAUUAUAUUCAUCUUGUUUUAGAUAAGACUUUGGGGUGAUCGUGGCCAACAUAGCCUCGGAAGAUGUGAUUGGGCCAUCAUUGGAUCAUCAGCUACUAGUACCGAGAUUUUGGAAUGUUUGGUUUUCGCUGGCAUUCGAUCUUUCACCAUUUUUGUUGAUGAACACGUUGGAGGAGUUGAUUUUGGUAGCAAUUUCUUUAUAACUCAAGAAGACACUGGAAGAUCAAGAGCGGAAGUUGUCACUAAAUAUAUAAAAGUAAGUUUAAUCAUUCUCAUGUAGAUUCUAUCGUUGUAGGAGUUGAAUCCAGCUGUAGAAGGACGAUUUGAAGAGAUCAAUUUCAAAAAUGACACUAAGUUCAAUGUUUUGGAGAAGUUCAGCAUUGUUAUUGGCUGCGGGAUGAGUGCUAAUGUCUCUGUUCAAGUGGGGUACUAUUUAGGCGGAGGAAUAUUCCAUUCAUAUCAAGGUUGAGUUUGGGACUACUGGGAUUCAUGAGGAUUUGCGUAGGAGAUCAUGAAGUUCACAACGCUCACACUGAGAAUGUUCCCUUCGAUUUUAGGUAUGACUUUUAUCUGUUUUCUAUUUUAAAGUGUUCUCCUUCGUAAUGUACGAAAAGUGUUAUUUUUAGGAUCUGGAACCCUUUUCCGGCGUUAAAAGAAUACGCAGAUAACAUAAACUUGGAUGAAUUAGAGCAUGAACAACAUUCACACAUCCCUUACCUUUUGUUGUACAUAAAGGCUUUACCAGAAUGGAGAAAGACACAAGUGGAUCCAGAUGCAUUACCUACUGCAGGAGCCAAGAAAAAGAGUUUCAUUACGUUGUUGAAGGAGAUGCAGAAGCCCAACAAUAAAGGGAUUCUGGAUGAAGUCAACUUUCAGGAGGCGUGUGACAAUAUUUAUAGAUCUUCCUACUUUCAAAGUUUGUUUUUAUAA